AGCAGCCAAGCGUCCGUUGCCAUGGGUACCGCGAGGCAGCGGGGAGAAAGAGACACGAAUGACAAGGCUAGAUGCUAGCUAUCAAAAGUUUACUCAACGAACAAGUUGCUUUUGUAUAAAUUGUAUUAAUGUCACAGUUUAGGGAAAAUUUUGCCUUUCUUGUCUCCCUGCGUGACACCAAUUUACUUUAGCUAAAACAACUUGCUCAGCUGCCGAGUUGACUAACUAGCUAGGCUACAACUAACUAACGUUACCUUAGCUAGCCUAAGCAUUGACAUGGCAAGUCUAGGCAAAUCCACUGGCAAAACUCCCAAAAAGGAGGCGAGACCUCGGACCCCGCCAGAGAAGAAACGUCUGAAAGUGUCAGAGGAUUUCUCCUCGUGUCUGAGUGAAGAGCAGCCUCAGAGCCCCACUCUUAAAGGAGAGGACAUCCAGGCCCUGGCCAUCAGACCUGAGGACCUGGAGAAGUUGCGGGUGCCCCAGCCUAAAGAACCCCAGAAACCUGCAGCUGUGACCCGCGUGCUGGUGCGUAAGACCCGCCCACCUGAUGACAUCAGAAAGGGGGUGAGGGUAGCGGUGGCCCGCCCCCUGGCCCAGGACACCACCACACAGCCACUGGACUACACAGGACCGGGGGGACCUCGCUUCGAUGCCCAAGGGAUGGUCCUCCCCCACAGCAUUCUGGGUAGUCUGGAGGACUUCAGGACAGAGAUGCAGGCCAGGGGAGAGACUGAGCUGGUGAGGAGGGUGCCAGCCCCUCAAAGCGCCGUCUCCCAGGUGUUGAUAGGUGCAGAGAACGUCCAGAGCCACGCCCUGCAGCACUGGCACACACACAUGACCCACAGACGACACCAGCAGGACCUUAUCUCCAACCUGCUCCAGAAGCCAGUAGAGAGGCUGUUGAUGAACCAGUCCAACCGUUUCAGAGAGACUCAGGAGCAGAGAGAACUGAUCACCCGAGGCCUGCCAGCCAUACACUCUGGACAGGGUUACCGUGUAGGCAGUGAGUUCUGGAGCCUCCCUCAGAGGUUUGGUGAUGAGCUGAGUGGUAUCUCAUCCACCCUGACCCAGACACAGAGAGGACAGCAGGAACCUGUCACACACAUCGCACAGCCACACAGCAUCCGCAUGGAGUCAGGUAAUGUUCUCCCAGAGACAUGUGGUUCAGCUAGCAGGACCUGGGACCAGAGUCUCUACCUGCAGCACCGACGACAUGAGCUCAGAGAUGUUCUCAAAGACCUGGACUUCAACCAGCCUACGCACAGAAUUACACGUUUGUAA